ACCCGCACGACCAAGAAUCCAAGAUCAAUAAUCCACAUUAGCCACCAGACGGAUCAGUUCACGGAUAAGCAAGGCGCGCGCAUCGCGGGCGUGGACGGAUCGGAAUGGGCUCCUGCGUCUCGUUCUCGCGCUCGGCGGCGGCGGCGUCAACAGCGGAGGAGCGGUCGACCCAGCGAGCGCCGGUGGCCACCGCCAAGGUCGUGAACCUGGACGGCUCCAUGGCGCAGUUCGCUGGGCCUGUCACGGCGCGCGAGGCGAUGCUGGCUCUUGGCGACGGCGGUGGGCGCCAGCGCGCGCCCUCGCCGCCGCGGUUCCUCUGCGGCUCCGACGAGCUCGGCUUCGACGCGCCCGCCCGCGCGCUGGCCGCGGACGAGGCGCUCCAGCCGGGGCAGCUCUACUUCGUGCUGCCCGCGCCGAUGCUGCGCCGGCCGCUGUCCGGGAACGACAUGGCCGCGCUCGCCGUCAGGGCCGCCACGGCGCUCGCGGCCGAGGCGGGCCUCGCCGCCGGUGGUGGAGUCAUGUCGCCCCAGCGACGGCGAACGAAGCAGGGCGGGGCGGCCGGCAAGGGGCGGCGGCGGCGGCAGUCGACGGCGCGAGUGGCUCCGCUUCUAGUCGUCAGCGGCAACGGCAAGGACGGCCCGUCCGAUGGUUCUUGGAACAACGACACGCGCGGCGGACUCGCAACGCGCGAGGCGGUAGUACACGACGGCGGCAGCCGUACGGUUGGGAAGGCGAGACGGGGAGCUGAUUACAGGAGCGGCGCUCGCCGUCGUCCCGGCGUGCAGAGGUUAAGCGCCAUCGCCGAAGACAACGAGUGAUCCGUCCAUUGGCUAUUCUGAUUUGCUGCAUUUGAAGUGUCGGUGCCAGUUAACCGAUGGAACGAGUUUUUACUCGUCUCGCUCCCGCGUUCGAGGAUCGGAGGAGAAGCGAACAUGCAUGUGUACAGACUACAGACUACAGGGCUGCAGGCAGCUCCGAUUUUUUCGUUUCGGUCAUCGUGUGUGAUGACAAAGUACACCGAUGAUGUUAAUCUGGGUUAUGGAAACGCGUCAAUCGACAAAGUGAAAUUUGCAAUCGA